AAUUUUAGUUUUGUAAACCACUUCCUUUCAUUUUUCUUUUUCAUAAAAAAAAUGGGCCACCUUUUUUUCAGUCUUGUUCUACCACUUAUCUUGUCGUCAGUAUACGGCCAAGGUCCACCCCCACUGACACCACAAGCCCAAGAAUUCAUAGAUGCACACAACCAAGCCCGGGCCCAAGUCGGAGUAGGGCCACUAAAAUGGAGCCCGACUCUAGCCAACGCCACAGCCCGUUUAGUGAUGUAUCAGAGGCUGAAAAACUACUGUCAAUUCGCAGAUCUGAGUAGCAACAAGAUCAAGUACGGGGCCAACCAGUUAUGGGCACAAGGUUCGGUUGUGGGCCCGAAAAUGGCUGUGGAUGCUUGGGUGGCAGAAAAGAAGUACUAUAAUCAUGAGAAUAACACGUGUACGAUGGGGCAACAGUGUGGGGUCUACACACAGGUGGUGUGGCGGAAGACGGCGGAGUUGGGGUGUUCGCAGACAAGUUGUGUUAAGAAUGGAACGAGUUUAACGGUUUGUUAUUAUAAUCCGCCUGGUAAUAUCGUCGGUGAAAGUCCUUACUAGUUUGAAAUUCUAAGUAAGAAUAAUAGAUGUAUUAAAAUGAUUUAUGGAUCUGUAUGAAUUCAAAGAUCAUUGAAUGUAUCAAGAUUCAAGAUACUGUUUUCUAUUAUUUUGGUGUAUUUUAAUUUUUUUUUAAUCGUAUAUCUCAUUGGCUUGUGUGUUGAUCA